GUGACGGCAAAGCGCCCCCCUCCCCCACCGCGUGGGCGAGUGGUGGCGCCUGCGGAGGUGGGUGUGGCGUACCUGGUGGAGUUGCAGCGCCUGAGGGCGCACGCCGAGGCCGUGUACUCGGGGGACAGCACCACCUGGUCGCUGCAGACGUGUCUGCUGGAGUCGGCCAUAGUGCAUGCGCAGUGGCAGCCGCACAACCAGCGUGUGCGUCCGGCGUUUGUGGUGUGCGUGGACGCACAGCUGGGGGCCGUGGUGGUGGCUGUCAGAGGCACCUCCGACACCGCUGACAUGCUCGUCAAUGCCGGCACCUUUCCACACGAUUUCCUGGGCGGCAAACCUGGGCGCCGCUGUGGCCAUCUUGGCCGGCAUGAGAACAACCGCCUGCACCCGCACCCUCAUGCACAGGGCAGCGCAGGUCAUGGCGAGGCAUCAAGAGACAGCAUGCAUGCUGUGACAGGUGACAGCCACUCUCGUGCUGCUCCUGCCAAGCGUGGUGGUAGGCGUGGUGGCAGGGGGCGGAGGUCAGAAGGGCGGCAGCACGAGAGGAGGUGGGGGGACAGGGAGUCAGAGGAGCUGCAGGAGGCAGCGGCGGAAGCAGUGGUGGGAGCAGGGGAGGGGUUGGAUGGUGUGGAGGUGCAGUGUGUGGGGUAUGGUCCGCCUGCAUGCAUGACUUUGGACUUGGCCUACCAGUGCACCUCCUUUGUCACCUGUGUGCUAGUGCAGCACGACUUAGUGCCUCGGUAUGUGCAUCUCUUGCCCGAACGCCUCUACUUUAUGGUUUCCCAUACGCUUCUGCUUGUCCGUGUUUGCCUCCAUGCCCUCGUCCGCCCCACCCCUGCCUCCUAUGGUCCCCUGUUUGCCACCGGCAGGUUCUCUCUUGCCAGUGUGGAGUUGCUGCGGCAGGCCAUCGGCACGUUUGACUGGGAGCAUGCAGAGGCUGUGGUGGGGUGGCAUGACGAGGACUGGCAGCGCCUCAAGGCGGCCAGGGACCUGCUCACGCGCCUCAAGGACCUGCAAAGCACGGCCGUGGGGGCAGCGGCAGCCGUGCAGGGGAGUGCAGUGUCGGCGGCAGCAGCAGUGCAGCAGUCAGCGGCGGGUGUAGCGGCCUCCGUGCAGCAGUCACCACUGCUGGGGGUUGCAGUGGGGGCGGCUGGAGCAGUGCAGAGCCAGGCAAUGGGUGCGGCAGCAGCGGUGCAGGGAGCUGCGGUGGCAGUGACGGGGGCGGCAGUUGGGGUGGGUGGCAAAGCACAGGAGCUCCAGCACGUGGUGGCGGAGAGGGUCUCUGAGAGCGUGUCAGAUGCCAUUCCACAAGGGGUGGUUGAGCUCGUGGGGGGCGCAAGGGCGAAGCAGCAGGAGAAUGGUAGCAAGGGGCAAAAGGGGGGGGCGAAUGAGGGGCAGUUGGGCAAGGCAGAUCAAGAGUGGGUGGAGGCGCAACACAUGGAGGGUGGGGCGGAUGCCAUUGGCUCUAAUAGCGACAGUGGGGAAGGCGGUAACAGUAACGACGCUGGGGAAGCUGGAAUGGAGGCUAUGGUGCAGAGAGGUGAGUGCAAGGACGAGGGAAGUGGCGUGGAGAGAAGUAAGGUGGCGGAAACAGUGGACAGCGACGAGGAUGGGAGCACUGAGGGGAGAGAGGGUAAAAAUGAGGAGCGGGCUGAAAAGCCAGAGAGUGCUCAUGAGAAGCAGCAGCAAGAGGAUUUUGCGCCACCCCUUUACCCCCCUGGUCGUCUGCUGAUGCUGUGCUGCGACCCCCCUGGUUGUGGCCAUCGCCCCACCACUCGCAAGGAAGUGCAUCCGCAGAGGCAGUUUGGUGUGUUCCCCUCGCACGAGGAGGUGGCGGGAGGUCACAUGCGGUGGCAGGUGGUGGAGGUGCAGCAGGAGGCGGUGCGCGAGAUAGUGGUGUCGCCGUGGUGCAUCAGCGACCACAUGCCAGGCACCAUGGGCGAGGGGCUCAACUGGAUCAUGGCACAUGUGGGGGAGGGCGAACGGUGCAGGGUGGAAGGCGGGAGGGACAAUGGUGAACGAGGGGUAAGGAAGCGGGAAGAGUAG